UCACAAUUAUUCGCCGUUAUCCGAGUAUUGUUGCGUUUACGACGAAGAAACUAUGAAUAUAUUGCAAAGUGAGAACUUGUCGUCCUUGACGAAAAAUCUAAACCGAUUUAAACGAGCUGAUAAAACAAGCAAAGCCGAAAAGCCUCACGAAGUGGAUCCACCUGAAGAGUAUUAUCCCUCGUGUUGUAUUUAUUUGUUCAUUUUGAACACGAUUCUUUUUAUUGGUCUGCUUGUACUGGUGAGUUUCACCUUUCAGCACUAUAAAUCGAAAUAUGCCCAGUGAUCAAUAAUUUUUAAAUUCGAGUACAUCCUGGUGUCGGAAAUGAUGACGAAUCGUGCGUAGAUUUGCAUUAUUGGAAGAAAGUGUAUGGAUUUUUUGUAUCAUUUGGUAUAUUUUUCGGAUGUGAUUUGUGGGAAAUGUUUUUACGGUUUUAAUACGUGAUUGUUGAUCAUUUCUGUAUGAAAAUAUGUCUUCUUAGAAUCGUUAUGUUAAUCAUUUUUUUCGAAUAAUUUACAUUUGUGCAUAAGUAUGAGAUGGAUGCAAUUUGUUUGCUAAUUUGUGUCUUAUAAAUAGAAAAUUAACCAUCUUGGCUGAAUAUUGGAUCCAUCGGUAAAGCUGAUAAUGUCCAAGAUGAACAAUCACACCAGCGCUAAACAUUUGAUCCUAUACGAUGAUCCAGCCAGCUUGCAACAACUCAGCGCCGUCACGGUGACCGCUGAGCUUUGGCGAACACAAAUCGUAUCAAAAGAAGCUGCACUUCGUCCUUUGAGAAAAACCCUACCACCUUUGACCAGCUGUAUACCUGGAAUCGAACCAAAGUACGAAGUCGAGAUCAAAAAAUACGUCGAGUCAGUCCGACAAAGCUUAAUGUUUUGGCUACCUUUGCACUUUUCGCGAGCUUUUCUCGCCCACGAAUACGAAUACGACGUUUUGAAGAAAUACUUCGGUCUGAUUUGCUGGCUGCCUGAUGGUUCCAUCCAUUACGAACGUACAGCCAAAGCGUUCAUCGAGUGCCAGAAUCCUCAGCUGAGUAUCAUGUGCAAAUAUCGAUUAGCUUGUAUGUAUUGCUUCGAAGAUGAUAUUCAAGAGCUGUAUCCCAAGUUACCGAAAAUUUACCACGAACUGAAGAGUAUUUUCUAUAAAUGUAACACGUUCUUACGUUACUGGGAUUGUCGUAUGGCGAUCUCGCAACCAAAGUCGACCGGUUCGAUGGAAAUCGAGCUGUUUAAUAAACUGGAUCCGAAAACUUGGUCUGCCUGGUCGUAUUGCUGGUCUCGAUUGUCGACCAAUCAGAAGAAAAUCGAACAAGCCGUAGACCUGAUCGAGAAAAAAGUCGCUAUGCAACCGUACGUCAAGCUUUUGCUGCCUAUGUUGAAUAAUAAUCAAUUGAUGACGGUGCUGAAACGCUGUGUGAAGAUUUUAUUCGCUGUCUUGGCCAAUACACCGGAUAAUGUCAAGUAUGCAUUGCAGACUUGGCACUACGUGAAGGAUUUCGUACCGUUUAAUAUUUACGUAAAGAUAUUCGAAGAUACGCUGACCUCGAAUUUGGACGUAAAUCCGACUCAAGUUUUAUCUGUCUGCGAAAACUUCAAAUGGCAUAAUUUCAUCGACAUGAACCAUUUGAUGAACGUAAAUGUGGCUUCUCUGCUGUACGAUAUCUGGCUCGAUAGUCCGGAUCGUUUGAAGGAUUACUUGAUCCAAAACAGCGCCGACGAGAUACUCAAAAGAUUGAGCCGAGUAGAUAAUUUAUUCACCGUCAAGGCCAUGUGUCGCGAUUUGAGACUAAUGCUGGAUAUUCUAUCGCGCAGAAGUUGCCUGGAAAAUGGCCCAUUUUGGCGUAAGCAUUGGCCAAACGUCGUCAAAGGAGCUAAACCAUCCGAGCUGGGCGAGGCGAUGAAAUUAUGCUUCAAGAACGACAAAGAAAUCGUCAAGUUUAAACAAACUCACAUGACCUCGUACAGGAAAAUCCAUCUAUACUGCAACAUGUUAGCUUAUCAAGGCUGUUUCGAAAAGUUAGACAGUUAUUUGACAUUCUGCACGUCCGAUCGAACCAUCGUAGUCGAGCUGAAAAAGAAAAUACUACAAGAUACCAAAACAUUGAUUAAAUUCUGCCUUUUCUCCGGCCAAAAUUCAGAAAUAAUGCUGGUUUUCGACGAUUUCAUCUCGGAUAUCUAUCCGGACACCGGAAGUCGCCGUAAAUUCAAAUGUCAACUCAUAACCGAGCUGAAUAACUUCAAAUAUCUGCAAACUUGGGUCUCGUACGGAGAGUUUGCCCGGAUCAAGGACCUAGUUUGUUUGUUUUUAACCCGUCACUCGGAUUUGGAAAUUGUCAAACAGAAUUUCAUCGAACAAUGUCGCGGUAUUCUGAGCAAAGGAGAAUUUCGUUUGUUCGAUCGUCGAAAUUGGAACGAAUUUUUAUGCUGGUGUUUGAACGACGAUCCGCAACAACUCGACAAGUUCAAAAAAUUGAUACCGAUCAAGGAUGUUUUCUACAUCGUAUUCCUCGAGUGCGUCAAAAAAGCAGAAUCUCAUUUGACAGAUUCACUAUUUUCGCGUUCUGACUGCAUCAGUGUGGUUAAAAAAUGUAAAGAGAAAGGAUCCGUUGAUGAUUCGAACAAAGAAAAGAAAACUGAUGCGGAAACAGACGCGGACGCGGACGUCGUCUCCAAAGAUACCGAUGAUGAUUUUAAAGAAAUGUUGAAGGAGAUCGUUCUAGACGAGUAUGCUUAUGUCGACGAUGUUAUGGAUGAUUUCGAAAGAUUGGAUAAUUUCUUAUUGUGGUAUUUCGACGAUAAAUCCAAAGCUGACGAGUUCAAGGCGGUCCGAAUCAAGAAACGUAAAGUUCUGCGCAAGGUGUCCGAUCACAAAAACGAUAAUCUUAUGAAAGUCGUGCUUCAUUGGGCUUUCAAUAGAAAUUUACAAAUGAUCGAUGCGUUUAAAGUACCCGUUUGAUUUUAUUGGUUAUUUAUGCAUUCGUUUUUAUUUUUUUAUUGCGUAUUUUCAAGCUGCCGGUCAUAAAUGUAUUUUCCAAUUUGUAGUUUACAUCUUUCGAAAUUUGACUGCGUCUUAUACAGAAAAAUCGUUUUGAACUGAUUUCAAAAAAUAUGAUGUUUUGAAUCUUUUUGCCCGCCUCCGUUCUACCGAUAAUUCGACGUGUAUUUUUUUUUUAUUAUUUAAAGAGGAUUGAAAGAAAAUAGUAAGUGACUAAAAAAUCUCUGCUAAAAAAUUUUCGAAUUUGUAUUUUUUUGAUACCUAAAAAUUUGAAAUAUUUAAUAUUUAUUUUGAUUCUUUAGUAUUUGUAAGAUAAUUCAACUUCUGAAUACCAUUUCAUUGCAGGUUUUCGUUCAUGUCAAAUUAAAAAAGAGAAAGAAAAAACUUAAAAUUGGCUGGGUUUUUUAUAUUUACGAUGCAAGUACGUUUCCAAAACAAGUUCAAGUUCCUAUUUUUUUAUUUUUUGUUCUAAUGAAAGAAUUCAAUUGAUUUAUUUUAAAAGCGAUGUUAUAAUUUAUUUAUUUAUUUAUUUUUUAGAUAUUUUUGUGAAAAUUUACAAAUUAAAGUUGUUAUUUGCGUUUGUUCA